AUGCACGCGGGGCGAGACGACGACGCGCUCGAGGCGGUGGCGCGAUGCGCGCGAACGGGCAUCUGUCCGAGGGCGUGGCGAGACGAUGAUUCGCACGGGUUCGCGCGCGACGUGGCGACGGUGAUGCGAACGAAGAUGCUCGCGUUCGGGGAUGCGUACUUCGGCGCGCGACGAGAGCGCGGGGGGAGGGCGAGGGAGGACGGCGCGAAUGGGGCGCGGGACGCGGCGGCGGAGGACGACGGAGCGGAGGGACGAAUGACGGCGGGCGCGGACGAGGGCACGUCCGAGGGACAGACGCGGGAGGGGAGCACACCGAUAAAGCGCCGGAAAACGACGGGCGAGAGCGAGGUGACGGCACCGCUGGACGAGGACGACGAAGGGGAAAUUGCGAGCGCGUCGACGUCGGAGGCGAUGCGGCGAGCGUACGAGCAAGACGUGGAGAGAAUAGCGUCGACGUGCGUCGCAGCGCACGAUGGGGACGCGCCGUUCACGAUUCAACGAAUUUGCGAACUCGCGUGCGACCCGGAGAGAUAUUACACGACGCCGUACAAGUUGGCGACGGCGAUGUUGAAGCUCUUCGCGGUGACGCAGACGGUGGAUCGCCCGGGCGGAGUCAGCGUACCGGUCGCAUCGAACGAUGAAAAGGUCAUCGUCGAGAAAAAGACGAAAGCCAUGGAGAGAGACGCCCGGGAUCCGAUCGCGAUGGAACAAAAGGCGUUCAUCGCGGCGGCGUUUCAAAAAGUCACAGACGACGCCAAGGCGGUGUACGAGGAUUCGAUCUUACCCCCGAGACCUCCAUCGCCCACGAGAGUGUACACAUGA